AUGCUUGGGAGUUUGUCGCUGCUCGUGGCGCUUGACGGUCCCGUUCAAGCUUCUGCUUCCACUUCUACUUCUCCGAAUCCAAUCUUUGCUGCCGCCGGUUGUGCCGCCGCACAUCGACCGACUUACACUUUAUUCUGUUUUGGGCCCGGGUUGUGGUUUCCCAAAGACAUCAUCGUCACAAGCAAAGGCGCGCGCCUCUGGUACAUGCGUACACGGUCGAAACUUUGGACGAAGUCUCGCCGACCAUGUGGCCCGCCGGGUCGCAUAGUGGGCUGCCUUAGCUGCUCUAGGGCCACAGCAAGAAAGUCGAGGGCGAUUUGUGAGACGAAAAGGCUGAGAAAAACAAAAAGGAAAAGACUGACGAGGGCUGCAAAUCUGCAAAGCCGGUGGCAAAAUGGAACCAUACAGACUUGUCGGACCCAAUCUGGCGAGGCGAGUUGA